AUGAAUGUAACAAGUGCUGUUAAUGCCAACAACAACACCACCAGCAAUAUUCCAUCAUUGAUGUCUUCCAAUACGGGUGGUGGUGGUCAUGUUACUUAUGUUGUGACAACACCACAGACACAAAAUUUUGCUCCACUAUUAUCCUCGGGUCAAAAUGGUACGGUUAGUGUGCUAUUGACAACAGCAGCGGGGCCAGUGGUACCAAAUACAACAAAUUCAUUGGCAACAUCUGGUCAUGUUGCAGCAGCACCACAGCCACCAACAACAUCGUUUAUAAUACGUAACACAUCAACACCACAAAUUAAAGGCCAGCAACAACAACAACUUCAUAAUCAAGGUUUUAAUACAAAACAACAAUUGAAUCCCAAUAAUCCAAAUAAAAGUGAUUUGACAAAACAACAACAACAAAUUAAAAAUAAUUCCUUAACAAAUGUUAAUAACAUGGCAGCAGUUGCAGCAACAACAACAGCAACACUGGCUCCUGGUACAACAUUAUUGAAAACAUCAUUAUUACAAAGCAACAACAACAAAUCAGUGGGUGCAUUACCAACUGCCACAAAUUUACAAAAUAAAAUUAACAAUAAUAAACCCAAAGCCCAACAAUUACAAAAAUCAACAAUGAACAAUAACAUCAAUGCUGCUUCCCAAACAUUAUUGGUGAAAUGUGAUGUUGCAGGUGGUAAAGUGGCCACCCCCAAUCCACAUACCAUUUCCCCAGCUUCAUUAAUCAACCAAACGGUGCAAAAACUACCACAAGUUAGUCUAUUGCAAAAUUCCAAAUCCAAACAAGGAACUCCAGCAGCCAGCAGUGACAUGGGAAAAUCUGCUUCAACUCAGCUGAUAAUUGCUGAGAUAUCAUCCUCCUCCUCGAUUAAUCCUCAUGAAAUCAAGGUGGGAAAUCUAAAUGCCGAAGUGUCUUUGAUUAAAAAACCAAAUUCAAAUAAUAAGGAUGUCUUAACAAAAGCACAAGCUACAACAACAAUAGUUAAAGAAACAAAUUCCCUAUUAAAACCCAUUAGUGGUAGUGGCAGUGAAGUAACUAGAAAAAGGGAAAUCAAUGCCACAACAACAAGUGAAUCAAGUGAAAAACAAGAAUCCUUUCCACGGAAUCAACGUUCCCAAUCAUACAAUUGUAACCCAGCCACACAUGCCAUUCACAAUAGUGCUGCAGCAAAUGAGCGGCGGCAUUCAGAACCUGCCAAGCUACCGGAAAAGGCUGGUGUCGUGGAAAUAAAUGAAAAAACAAAAUAUGAAGAUGAGGAAUAUCUUGUAAGUUCAGGAGAAAAGUCGGAUAACAAAGAAACCAAUGAAAAUCAAAAACCAGCAACGGAGCAGAGGGAACAAAAAACCGAAGAUUCCCAAGAUUCCGAUGGUGAUGAUGACGAUGUUACCAUAUUACCCGUAGAUGAUUCCUUUACCGAACCCAUUGAAAUUGAUGAUGACGAAGAGGAGGAGGACGGGGUUGUAGAUGAAGACGAACAAAUGAAAACAAAUAAUAUCACCCCCAUCAGCAGUCCCACCACCAGGGAAAAAAAUAAAUGCAAUGAAUCUUUGUUGUGUGAUGAACAGGUCCUUAUUAGUUCUUCAUCUUCCAUAUCCAAUCAAUCAUUGGAACAAGCCACCAGCUCAUCCUCCACAAGAAAUUCUCCCAAAAAUGGUAUUUCAAAUGCCAGCGACAGUAUGUCCCCCAUUCUAAAGAAAUCGCUAACAGAACGCAAGCAGCAGCAACAACAUCAUCAUCCUCUACAAAUUGUCAAGGAAGAACCUGUGAUGGCAGCACCCACAUCAUCAUCGUCAUCACCAACCAACAAUUUCUCAGCUGUAUUGGAAAUGCUUUCCAAUUUUAAUAUGUUAAAUUGGAGAGAACGUCUGGGCACUGGUCGUGGUACUGUUAUGAAAUUUGAACUGAACGAAUUCAAUCUGUUGCAAUUGCACGAGAAAAUACCUACGAGAACCAAAACGCAUACGGCAUUUGAAAGACCCGUUUAUGAACGUGACACGUUACAUGUUCGUUCAGAAAAUGGUGAACCCAUCACAUAUUACACCUGUCGACGGUGUAAAGUUCGUGCAUCGGCAUUGGAUUUUUUGGCACCAGAAUUUUGUUCAUUUCAUUGUUUGAAACGUGACUGCCGCAAACGACAACGCGAAGACAACGUCAGUAUUCUGCGUAAAAAACAGCGUUAUUCCAACAACAGCAGCAGCAACAACAACAACAAUCCACCACCAUUGGCAUAUAUCAAUCAACCGAAAUUCCGUUGGUCCAACUAUUUAAAGGCAAAUUACACAUCAAUGGCUGCACCCAUAUCUCUGUUCCUCAAUCCAUUUCCAACGGGUCCUAACAACUUUAAAAUUGGCAUGAAACUCGAAGCCAUUGAUCCGGAAAAUUGUGCUCUAUUCUGUGUCUGCACUGUCGUCGAUAUACACGGCUAUCGUCUAAAGUUGAGCUUUGACGGUUACGAUAAUUCCUAUGAUUUUUGGUUAAAUGCCGAUUCAAUGGAUAUCUUUCCACCGGGAUGGUGUGCCAAAACCAAUCGUAUUCUCCAGCCACCCAAGGGCCAUAAUGCCAAUAAAUUCAAUUGGCAAACGUACUUGAAUAAGGAAAAGGCCAUGGCAGCCCCAAGGCAUUUGUUUACCCAUUUGAAUUCGUCUUCCCUGACGCCAAGGAAUCCGUUUCAGAUUGGCAUGCAUUUGGAAGCAGAAGAUCUUAAUGACACCGGAAAACUGUGUGUGGCCUCUGUCGCCGAUGUCUUGGACGAUCGCAUACGCAUCCACUUCGAUGGCUGGGAUGAUUGUUAUGACAUUAUUGUGGAUAUUAAUUCACCCUACAUACAUCCAUGUGGUUGGCACGAGGGUCGCCAUCAAUUGGUGGUGCCACCAGAUUGUGAAAAUUCCGCCUUUAAUUGGCAAUCGUAUAUCCGACAACAGGGUAGCGGUCUGGUGGCCAGUGAGGAAAUUUUCGUUCCCAGAGAACCGAUACAUUUCAAACCGAAUAUGAAAUUAGAAGUGGUCGAUCCACGCAACUCUUCAUUGAUACGACCGGCCACCGUGGUAUCACACAAGGGCCACCGCGUCAAACUGCAUCUCGAUGGUUGGCCUAAUGACUAUUGCUUUUGGCUGGAAGAUGAUAGCCCCGAUCUACAUCCGAUUGGUUGGUGUGAUGCCACUGGUCAUGAACUGGAACCACCACCAGGCUUCCAAAUGCCGAAACAAAAGAUGCCUUGCCCUACCACCGGAUGUCGUGGUAUCGGCAAUGCCAAAAAGCCAUUUAUGCACGUACAUGCCACAAGGGAUUGCUGUCCUUAUGUACCCGAGAAUUGGCGUAUUGUAAUGGAGAAACCACCACGUUUAAGUUAUGAUGAAAUUGUACGCACACUGCCCAAGUCACACACAGCCAACAAACACAAUACUCAGCAAACCAGUCAAUCAAAUAAUCAAAAUUCCGCUAGUCAGCAACAACGUUUGAGUGAUCAACAAAUUCUGGAACGUCUGCAAAUGUUGGAUAGCAUCAAAACCCACAAUGUACAACACAUGGGAACACAAGAGAAAUUCGCCGCCAAUUCAAAGGAAUUACUGGGCAUUCCCUUGCCAAGCAAUAUCAAGCAAGAAGAAAUUAAAUGUCCCUCCACCACCUCCUCCUCUUUGUCGUCGUCAUCAACGAACAAGAAGAAGACGGGAGACUCAACCGCUUCGCCUCCGCUAGAUAUUCAUCUGGAAAUAGCCAAAGAAUUUCUAUGUGAUUAUGGACCCAGGCUACAGCACAACUAUGAUAUUUGGCAAAAGAAUUUCACCUUUGACACAACAAAAAUUAAACGCAACCCAUUGACAUGGUCUGUCUCCGAGGUGGGGGUAUUUGUCGAUCUCUAUUUGAAUUGUCGUCAAACAGCUGCUCUAUUCGCCCAGGAGGAUAUCGAUGGACAGGCAUUUUUACUUUUACAACAAAACGAUUUAACCGAGAGAUUGGGAAUGAAAUUGGGACCCUCAGUCAAAUUAUACGCCUGUAUAUUACAAUUGAGGACAUUGGCUGUAAGCAAAUUUAAAACAGCAUAUCGUAAAACAUCAUUACAGUAA